UUUUGUGCCGCCUGCAGGCGGAAGCGGAAGUGCCGUGACGUGUUGUCGGUGGUGUUCCAGUGAUGAUGGCGGACACUAGCGCACAGUAUGAGUCGGUGGUGUGUGUGAAGUCAGAGGUUCAUGUUUACCGAAUUCCGCCCAGAAGCUCCAACCGCGGAUACCGGGCGGCGGACUGGAAGCUGGACGAGCCGGCGUGGACCGGACGCAUGAAAAUCACAGCCAAAGGAACUGCAGCCUUCAUUAAACUAGAGGACAAAAACACAGGUGAGCUGUUCGCUCAGGCUCCGGUGGAUCAGUAUCCGGGCAGCGCAGUGGAGGCCGUCACCGACUCCAGCCGAUACUUCGUCAUCAGGAUCGAAGACGGAAACGGCCGUCACGCGUUCAUCGGCAUCGGUUUCGCUGACCGCGGCGACUCGUUCGAUUUCAAUGUGGCGCUACAGGAUCAUUUCAAGUGGGUGAAACAGGAAAGUGAAUUCGCCCGACAGGAAGCCACUCAGGAUUCGGCGCCGAAGCUGGACUUGGGCUUCAAAGAGGGUCAGACCAUCAAGAUCAACAUCGGGAACAUCAAGAAGAAAGACCCCAGCGGGCCGGCGAAGUCUCGUGCAGCCGGCGGAUUGCUUCCUCCUCCUCCCGGUGUGAGAGCCGGCGGUCUCGUUCCUCCACCCGUCGUGCAGCAGAUGACACCCGUCGCUCCGCCCAGCACAGGGACGCUGUUGGACAUUGGAGACUCCGUCCCCGCCGCGGCUCCGCCCUCUCAGGACCUGUGGGGUGAUUUCACCGCGGCAGGCUCUGGGUCCACGCAGGACACGCGCUCGGAGUGGGUGCAGUUCUAGCGUCCCGCGGUGCUUCUGGAAAGGGAACGUGAGAAUGCGACGACACACGGACGCUGUUUUUCCACGGAUGUUUUCUAUGCAAUCGGCCUGCGGUCGCUGAUAUUUGCUGCAUUCCAGCUGCUGUCGAGUUUGAAACACGUUUCUCGUUAGUUACUCUCACACGGCUUCAGUUAAUGUGAUGAAUGUCGUCUCGUUUACCUGUUGAUGUUAAAGCUGAAGUGUGCCACAAUGACUGUUUUCGAUUACUCGCCCCCAUUGGUCGUCAAACAGGUAGCCCCGCCCCAAACUCACACCAUUGGCUGAGCCAGACGUUGACAGAACAAAACAAUAAAGAGAAGUCACAGUGUUUGCAGGAAGUUCAUGAAGUAGUGACUUCCUCGACAUCAGACUAAGUAUUUGAAGAUCCAAACGAAUGACACACUUCAGCUUUAAAUCUCUUUGAUGUGGUCUGUGGAGUCGGUGAGAUUUUCUUUAAUUUCUGUUAGUCUCGAGUCCCUCAUGUGUUUUAUCUGUGCGUCAUGUGAUCUGUCUGACUCAAAUUGCUAUUUUCACUCGGAUCAGGAUUUGAAGAGCUGAUUUUAUGUGUUUAUACGCAGAUGAUUAUUCACAGUAUAUAUAUUUUUAACUAACCCCAGACUUUAUUUGCUUUAUUUCCUGGUGACUACAGUUUUAUUGUCAGUAAUUAUUAAAGUCUGAAUCUUUCCUUCAAGUGCCUUUAUGAAACACCUGUAGAAUGUACAAAUGAUGGUUUAUAUAUGAAUAAACCGUUUCCUGAUA